UAUAUACACACACACAUGAGAGAGAGUCAAAGAGACAUCACUCUGAACCAGCGAGGAGAGAGAGUAGAGAGAGAAACUAGAGAGAGAAACUAACGGCAUUAAUGGCGGAACCUCCAAAACCACACCAACAACACCACCACCACAGCGACGAGAGCGUAAAACUCUUCGUAGGUCAAGUUCCAAAACACAUGACCGAACAACAACUCACAGCAAUGUUCAAAGAAUUCGCACUCGUAGAACAAGUCAACAUCAUCAAAGACAAAGCUACACGAGCCUCUCGAGGUUGUUGUUUUGUUAUAUGUCCGUCUAGAGAGGAAGCAGACAAAGCGGUGGAUGCGUGUCACAAUAAGAAAACUUUGCCUGGGGCAACUUGUCCGAUGCAAGUGAAAUAUGCAGACGGUGAAGUGGAAAGACUAGAGCAUAAACUUUUCGUCGGCAUGCUUCCGAAGAAUGUUUCCGAGAGUGAAGUUUCAGAUUUGUUUUCUCAAUAUGGAACAAUAAAAGACCAACUAAUCUUGAGAGGUUCUCAACAGACAAGCAAAGGUUGUGCUUUUGUGAAGUAUGAGACUAAAGAGCAAGCACUUGCAGCUAUAGAUGGCCUUAAUGGGAAGCACAAGAUGGAGGGUUCCACUGUCCCUUUGGUGGUCAAAUGGGCAGAUACUGAAAGGGAAAGGCUAGCUAGAAAAGCUCAAAAAGCAACAAUAUGGGCGGCUUCCAAUUUUGCAAACGCUGACAUGACGACACAUCCGUCUUUAUUUGGAGCUCUGCCGAUGGGUUACAUUUCACCAUAUAAUAACUAUGGAUAUCAGGCUCCUGGAAAUUAUGGGCUCAUGCAGUAUCCGCUUUCACCGGGCCAGAAUCAACCUUCGUUCCCUGAUGGGACUCCACAUGUGAGAGGUGGGACUCCAAGAAAUUAUCCAGUGCAUGCUUAUCCAAUGGCUUAUCCUGGGGGCAUGAUGAGCGGGCCACCUAGUCCUGUACCACAAUCAGUUUUGAACAAUCUCCCCGCAACGUCUUCAGGUGGUGGUGCUAGUCCUGGUGGUGACCAUGUUGAAGGUCCACCCGGUGCCAAUCUCUUUAUUUAUCAUAUUCCACAAGAAUUUGACGAUGCGGAACUUGCAAACACCUUUAAGGAAUUUGGAAGAGUCUUGAGUGCUAAAGUUUUCGUCGACAAAGCAACUGGUGUUAGCAAAUGCUUUGGCUUUGUCAGUUACAACACAUCAGCUGCUGCAGAAUCCGCGAUAAAUACGAUGAAUGGAUACCAAAUAGGAGGUAAAAAACUCAAGGUUCAACUCAAAAGAGACAACAAACAAAACCAACCUCAAUGAUUUGAUAACGAGUCUUACCACAAUCUAAAGUUUAAACACGUAUAUCUUUAUAGAAUCAAAGCUACUAUGGGGUGGCUUCGGGGAAGUAAAUGACUAUACUGCCCCUAUUCCAUCCCACGCGUAGCGGAUCCAAACCCCUGACACUUGUAACACUUAGUUGAUUGUAAUUGUGCAACAUUGGAUUGAACUCGUAUAGUCAUCGACUUUUAAUUAAUUUAUUUAUUCUUCUUUCUAGAGCA